UUCAAAUGAAUUUAACGUUGUGUCAGACGCACGAGCGGAGGGUCGUGUCUUUCGUCGCUGUCAUCUGCCUGAGUGGCAAUUUCUUAAGAGGAGAGGGAGCCUGGAAUUGGCAGCUACCCGAUCUCACUGUACAGCACCGCCCAGCACCGGCGUCCUCUCCGCAGUGGUCCACGGGGAGGCUGCAGCGCACUUCGCUACCCUCUCAGCAUCACAUCGCAUCGCAUUGCUUCAGUGUGCCUGCGAGCCAGCUGGCUGCCAGAACAGGGGGCUCCGUGCGUCUCCUCGGGAGUCUGUCUACCUGAUGUAAUCUCUAGCAGCGAUAUCAGCGGAUGCGUAUCACGGAGUGAUUCUUGCUUUGCUUGGAUUCACAUGUCUCUCUUCUUUUAACCUUGUGUACUCGCCCUCUUUCUUUUUCUUCACAUUCAUUACUUGUGAAUUGAUUCAACUUCUUUCGGAGAUUAUUCUAGCGUCUAAGGAUGUAAAUGUGAAUACAGAGCAUUCAACAGCGUUUUUGUCAUUUCCAAAUAUAAGUACAUUUUUGGUUCACUGAACCGAUUUGUGUCAUCGGUCUGGCCAAAAAGAAAAUGGACUGAUUGUUUUUCUUUUUGUUUCGUUCCGUGCUUAUUUCUCAUGAUGGAAUUACUACAACUUGGCGUCGCGUUGUGCAUUCUGUGCACCUGCUCAGUUUUAGGUUUCGGUGUCGAUCCGGCUUUGCAGAUCGAUGUUUUCAAUGAACUGAAGCUGGGAGAGUCUCACGAAGGAGUUUCGCAGGUUCAGGGCUUUCAUAAUGGGAGCAAAGCGUUUCUCUUUCAAGAUACAUCAAGGAGUAUAAAGGCAUCUGCAAUUGUAGCCGAAAGGAUUGCACAAAAAUUGCGCAACAAGCACGAAUUUACUGUUUUAGCAACAUUACGUCAGGAGCAUCUAAAUUCAGGAGUUAUUUUAUCCCUCCAUCACUCAGACCAAAGGUUUUUGGAGUUGGAAAGCAGUGGUCAUCGAAAUGAGAUAAGAUUGCACUACCGCACAAAAAACCAACAAUCACAUACAGAAGUGUUUCCCUACAUUUUGGCAGACAAACAGUGGCACAAGUUAUCAAUUGCAAUUAGUGCUUCUCACAUCAUUUUGCAUGUUGACUGCAACAGAAUUUAUGAGAGAGUAAUCGAAGCACCUUCAAUGGAUAUACCCAAUGGGACUACUUUUUGGUUAGGUCAAAGAAACAAUGCCCAUGGUGCCUUUAAGGGUAUAAUGCAAGAUGUUCAAUUACUUAUUAUGCCUCAAGGAUAUAUCUCACAGUGUCCAGACCUAAAUCGGACGUGCCCAACAUGUAAUGACUUCCAUGGACUUGUACAAAAGAUAAUGGAGCUGCAGGACAUCUUGGCAAAAACAUCAGCAAAGCUGUCUCGAGCCGAAGAGAAGAUGAAUAGCCUGGAUCAGUGCUUUUGUGAAAGGACAUGUAAGGCAAAAGGAGUUGUCUACAGAGAGCUUGAAUCCUGGACAGAUGGCUGUAAGAAUUGCACAUGCAUGAAUGGUACAAUUCAGUGUGACACUCUUAUCUGCCCUUCUUUGAAAUGCUCUCCUGAUUCUGCACCAGCAUAUGUGAAAGGCUCUUGCUGCAAAGAAUGCCAACCAAUAUGUGUAUUUAAUGGAAGGACAUAUUUCGAAGGAGAAAGACAGGCAAUGCACACUUCUGGAAACUGCCUCCUUUAUGAGUGCUGGGACAGAGUUAUGCGGCAUAUAUCCUAUCCCAGCUGCCCAGAAUUGAAUUGCUCCCCAUUUCACCAGAUAACACUCAGCAACAGCUGCUGUAAGGCUUGUAAAGGCUACCCACAGAGUAACGGCAAGGCAGAAUCAGCAGUCAAAACAGCGAAAUGGCUGAUGGAGAAGGCCAAAGCAGCAGGGUAUGACUUCUGUGCCGAGGACAACAAGUGCAUGGAACAUUCUGUGUGUAUAAACUUGGAGGGUGGAGCGUCAUGCAUUUGCAAAGAUGGAUUUCGAGCACUUCGUGAAGACAAUGCUUAUUGUGAAGACGUUGAUGAAUGCGCAGAGGGCCGACACUAUUGUCGUGAAAAUACCAUGUGUGUGAACACUCUGGGAUCUUUCAUGUGCAUCUGCAAGACAGGUUAUAUUAGAAUUGAUGACUAUUCAUGCACAGAGCAUGAUGAAUGCAUGACAGGACAGCACAGCUGUGAUGAAAACGCUCUGUGUUUUAACACAGUAGGAGGCCAUAGCUGUGUGUGUAAGCCUGGCUAUACUGGCAACGGUACAUUUUGUAAAGCUUUUUGUGAAUAUGGAUGUCAAAAUGGGGGUACCUGUAUUGCUCCAAACACCUGCAUGUGUCCUCCGGGUUUUACAGGAUCCAUUUGUGAAAGAGACAUUGAUGAAUGCUUGGAUGGCUUCAUCGAAUGUGAUAGCCGUGCUAACUGCAUCAACCUUCCCGGAUGGUACCACUGUGAAUGCAGGGAUGGCUAUCACGACAAUGGCAUGUUUUCACCCAAUGGAGAGUCAUGUGAAGACAUUGAUGAAUGUGGGACUGGGAGGCACAGCUGUGCCAAUGAUACUGUUUGCUUUAACUUGGAUGGUGGCUAUGACUGUAGGUGUCCUCAUGGGAAAAACUGUACAGGGGACUGCAUCCAUGAAAGUAAAAUAAAGCAUAAUGGACAGAUCUGGGUCUUGGAGAAUGACAGAUGCUCUGUCUGUUCAUGUCAGAGUGGUCUGGUAAUGUGCCGUCGGAUGGUGUGCGACUGUGAGAAUCCAACUGUUGACCUUUUCUGCUGCCCCGAGUGUGACCCACGCCUUAGUAGUCAGUGUCUUCAUCAGAAUGGAGAAAUGAUAUAUAACAGUGGAGACACUUGGGUGCAGAGCUGUCAGCAGUGCCAGUGCUUGCAAGGAGAAGUUGACUGCUGGCCCCUGCCUUGUCCUGAUUCUGAAUGUGAGUUUACUGUCAUUCCUGAUGGAGAAUGCUGCCCUCGAUGUGUCAGCGAUCCCUGCCAGGCAGACACAGUGCGCAAUGACAUCACUAAGACUUGCACAGAUGAGCACAAUAUGGUUCGCUUCACAGGUUCAUCUUGGAUAAAGCAUGGCACUGAGUGUACUCUCUGCCAGUGCAAGAAUGGACACAUCUGCUGUUCAGUGGAUCCUGUGUGUCUUUAGGAUCAAAAUUUGCCAUUAAGGUAUUUGUACAGGAAUCUUGACAAGAGCACGAGUUUUCUUUCCAGGCGCCUCUUUAUACCAAAUACAAUCGACCAAAUGGAAGACGGACUGUGUGACAGCCCCUUUAAUACUCGCUAAACAGCACUCCAGAUAUUUGUGUGUUUCCAUGAAAACAAAUGAGUUUUCAAUGUAAUGCUGUAAAAAAGAAGAUACAGUGUGCUGGCAUGAGUGUAUUCAGUAUUUACCAUUAACAUAUUUUUAAUGAUUAUUUGUUCCUAAAAAUGGAAAAAAAAAUAACACUGACAUUUCAAAAAAAUGAGUGGUUUAAGUUUUAUUGUUUAGUAGCACUGAUUUUAUUUAAUGAUUCAUUUGUUACUUGAUACAGUAGCUUGUUUAUGUGUAAUAGUGAAAUAAACAUUUUCAUUUACAUUCAUCAUA